GGUCUGAGGAGGAUGGAAGUUUGAGUUCUCGUAAACUGCAGAUGGCCUUUAAACUACUUCAGCGUUUCCGUGGUUCAACAAUGAAAGAGCCAAGGGGACCUGGGCCUCCCGAAGAGCCCCCGGAGAGCGCAGAACUAGUGGAUGACACCGAGGUAUUAUCUGUAAGACUAAGUGGAACCCUCAGCCUAAGCGAGGAUAGUCUCGGCUCUGAUGAGAGUGAUGACACAGAGACUAGAGCACUGAAAGAACGGCAUCAACGCACCCUUUUAACACAGCAGCUAAGGGAGAUGUGGGCAAACGCUCAGCAGCAUCCUAUGCCCAUCAGGCUAACAUUUGAAGUGACGGAGGCCAACGUAGUGCACGAUGCCCAUGCCAAGUACGUGGUGUACACUAUCUUCGUUCUGCUAUCAGGAAAAUAUGAUGCUUCCCCAGCUUGUAUCUCCUGCCGUUAUUCUGACCUAGAAAGGCUGAGACGGCGUCUCCGUACACACUACCCGGACGAAAUGAGCGACGUCUCCUUUCCCCGCAAGCGUCUUCACCGGAACUUCACUGCAGAAACAAUUGCUAAACGCAGUCGUGCUUUUGAACAGUUCCUUUGCCAUGUGUCCUCCAUUCCGGUCCUGCGUUGGUCCGGGCACUUCCUGGGAUUCUUCUAUCUACAUGAGAUGCAGAACGCACAACGGCUGACACGCACAGGUCUCUAUAAAUUAGCACUUCCAUUAUGGACAAACAUCUGGCAUCUGCAAGAGAAGCUUUGUCCCUCUGGUCAUUGUGCUCAUAAGCUUGUAGCGUUAGCCGGACUGGUUGUUUGUCACCAAGAGAUGGAAACGCUAGUAGAAGCACAAGUAUACAGCGAGCAGGCAAUAAGACUGUUGCAGGAGACAGUCGCCCCGAAUUGUCCAUGGUUAGUCCCUUUCCUGCAUGCACAUAUCCAGCUAUCAUGGAGAGUAGGAAAAGAUAAAAGAGAUUCAGAAACCGCGCUGCAGAAGUUACAAGAGGCCGGACAUCCUACAGAAAACGUAGCCAGUCUGAAAGAGAUUCUUAUUACAGAGACCAUUAGUUGAAGCAGCCGAGCGAGUACCUGCUGGACUACAGUACUCGCCGGUCUUGGGAAGGAAGUUUACCUCAUAGCUUCUCUGCUGUUCUUAUAAGCACCCUGGGGUGUUGGGCUUUUUGCAUGGUGGUGAAAGAUUCUUACACAGUGAAGAAAAAUCCGUUGUUGUAA